GCGAUAGACAGUCAAAAUGGCGAUACGUUAGUCGUUGACGUGCAUUGUCGGAAAACGUCACGCAUGCUACGGAUAAGGAUUCGCGAGGGAAUCCUAACCAGGUACGGCGACGCGAUUCGAAGGAGCCCUCGAAAAUGGAGCUUUUCCGCACCGACACGCACUACAUCUUCGUCAAGGAGAGACACAGCCUCUGGUGCGAUAAAUACACUGGAGAGUUCUCCGCCAAAUCAGAUUGGGAGUGGGCGUCUGCGAAUGACUUAGAAUGUCUGGGAAUGUUCCAUGGGAUCGUCGGGAAGAUCGAGCAGUCGUCGGUACUCGAGCCACGCCUGAUGCUCAUAAAGGAAAUCAGCAAAGUCGGUGAACUACAUGGAGGACGAGUGGUCUAUAAGAUCAAGUCUAUAGCGUUUUUACAUUUGGGUGUAGAAAACACUGAUGUAUCGCUGCUGCCUUGCAAGAAACAUCAGCAUGCUCCAAAGAAGAAGAGCCAAAGCGGGCUGUUUGACAUUCCUCAGAAGGCAACCCUUGCUAAAACUUGGGGCACCAUUAAAAGCGCCACUAAUACGAUAAAGAAUACAACGCAGCAAGCUGCGGCACUCGCCACGUCUCAGGUAAAAUCAACAGUGACGAAGAAGAUUGGAAGCAAAGACCGUGAGCGAUUCGAGAAGCGCAUCUUGGAGGAGCUGUCAAAAAUCUUCACAGAAACAGACUCCUUCUUUUUCUGUCAAACCGGGGACAUAACGAACACUUUACAAAGGCAAAGCAACAGCGAAGCGCAACGAGGGAAGGGCGACGAGAACAUCCCCUUGUGGCAGAAAGUCGACGACCGAUUUUUUUGGAACAAGCACAUGAUUCAGGAUAUCAUUAAUUUAAAGACAAAGAAGGCGGACUGUUGGAUAUUACCUAUUAUUCAAGGCUUCGUACAAAUCGAGAGCUGCAAAGUCGAGGUAGGCUAUGACGGACAACCUCAGUACGAGACGUUCAAUUUGGCGAUCGUUUCGAGACGCAGCAGGUUCCGGGCUGGGACCAGGUACAAGAGGCGGGGCGUCGACGAAAAUGGAAAGUGCGCGAAUUAUGUCGAGACCGAACAGUUGGUCUGGUACCACGAUCACCAAGUGUCAUUCGUGCAAGUGCGAGGAAGUGUCCCGGUGUAUUGGUCGCAGCCUGGCUACAAGUACAAACCCCCGCCACGCAUCGACAGAGACGAGGCGGAAACUCAAGUGGCCUUCGAGAAACACUUUGAGGAGGAGCUCGCAUGCUACGGGCCCAUCUGCAUCGUGAACCUUGUCGAGCAAGCAGGGAAAGAAAAAAUAAUCUGGGAAGCUUACAGCAAUCAUGUACUGGUUUAUGAUCACCCUGACAUUACCUAUGCCACGUUCGACUUCCACGAGUACUGUCGCGGCAUGCACUUCGAGAACGUGUCGAUCCUGGUGAGCGCCCUCGCCCAGACGUUAACCGACAUGGGAUAUUGUUGGCGCGAUAAACAAGGGACAAUCUGCACGCAAAAAGGCGUCUUCAGGGUGAACUGCAUCGACUGUCUGGACAGAACGAACGUCAUCCAAACCGCGCUGGGAAAAGCCGUGAUGGAGAUGCAGUUUUCGAAGCUGGGACUCAUUCCGCCUGACGGAAACCUACCCACGAACAUCCGACAGACAUUCCAGCUUCUCUGGGCUAACAAUGGCGACAUCAUCAGCAAACAGUACGCCGGGACGAAUGCCUUGAAGGGGGAUUACACGAGAACCGGCGAGCGGAAAUUCACGGGGCUGAUGAAGGACGGCAUGAACUCUGCUAACCGAUAUUACCGGCAACACUUUUUGGACGACUUGCGCCAGGCGGCGGUAGACAUCUUGCUAGGGAACCCGAUCAGCGUCGACCAGCUGAACGGCGAUUAUUGGUCACACCGAUUACAAGUCAUUGACAAUUGCUGUCUCGAACUCAUUCCCACGAAACCGCCCGACAUUCAGCUCCAACUCGCCACGCAUCCAGAUUUCCUUUUUGCCAAUGCCGUGUAUCAUUUAGCGAGGUACUACCUGAAUCGCUUCAAGGAUGUCUAUAGACAGGCCAGUAUCGACAUGAUGCUGGGCGACACCGUCUCCGAGGAGGAGUUUCAGGAACGAACGGAAGAGGAAGACAAUGCCUCGACGGCCGUUCACGUGAAGCUGCUGAUCGAGGAUUGCAAGAAACUCUUGAUACCAGACCCUGAAGGGAUACUUGGGAGCUGGGGACUGAUCGACGCCGACCCUGUAACCGGGGACCCAACCGAGACGGAGAUGGACACGAUUUUAAUCUUGACGAGGGACAGUUAUUACGUGGCGGAUUACGACGACCAGAUCGACAAGGUGACCAACUACCAGAGGGUCGCUCUCCAGGACAUCGUCCUCAUCGAGUUCGGCCAACCCGAGAGCACCGUCUCCCUCUUCAAGAAUAAACAUCACUACUGCGUCAGGAUCAACUAUAAGAUGCGCGGGGAAUACGGCUUCUUCCACAUGUUCCGCAGCACGAAUUUGCGCUUCUUCAACAACAUGGCGGUUGUCAUUAAAACGGAGGAGGAGGCUAUAGAGUCCCUGAAGGCCAUCUGCGAGGCGAUCACCGUGGCGAUGGAGAUUGGGAACCUGCCGAAGGUGCCUGUGGCGAUGAACGUGACCCUGGACAAACGAAAGAGCAAGAUUGUCAAUGUGAAAGGGUCAACGGGAUUGCUGGACAUCUCGUCUCUUCCGGAGCUCACGAGGAACGUCUCCGAGACCCAGCUGCUCGCCCUGAAGAGCGCGGGCACGAAGGCGCUGAGCAACAUGUCGGAGCAAUUCAGCAAGCUGAACAAGCUCAGUCACAGUUUCGGGGCGAAGAGGCCAACGGAGUCGUCGAAGGGGAUCAAAAAGUCAUCGAAGCCGAUCUUCACGGUGGGGGACCGCGACCUGGAGGGAAACUCGAAGAGCACGAACGGCAGCAACAGCAGCGACGAAGAGACUCAACAGACAAAAGGGGAGAUCAUAGCAGAGAUGCCAACAAUCCAGCUUGGUAAGCCAGAAAAUUUCAGCCACGAUGAGAACCUCCUGGAAGGGUACACGCCGUCGAUCGGGAUCAUCAUGGGAGUGAACAGCAGCACCCUGACGAACGUGGAGGACCAGGCUCGGCAGAAGUCUGAAGAUGCUGCGAAACAGAGCGGAGAGGUCGUGAAUCUGAUGCCGGUUUCUAAAUCCGCGACGGGAGCACUCUGUACAUCCGAGAAGAACUCCACAACGCCUCCGGAGAUCACCGUCCAGGGAGCUGGGGACGUCCCCGAAGACAAGGAGUGGUCCUCGCCGCCGACGACGUUGAACUUGCCGAAGAACAUCAGCCACUCCUCCGGGGAGGUGGACGAUCGUCUGGUGACGGACGACGCGACGGGAAGUACCCUGAAGACGGAGAACAAUACCCUGGGCGAGAAGAAGAGGUCCAACUCGGAGAGGGACUUAUCCCUGGGGAUUACGUCCUCCAGGAGCGAGUCGGCCCUGAAGACGGCCAGGGCGAGCAUCGUCGGCGCGACGAGUCCUGUCGCGGCCACCGCUAAGGAUAUCCUCUCGCCGUUUUCGAAAUUCGCCAAGGGCGUGCAGAACCUAGGGGCCAAUCUGGACCCCAGGAAGCUGAAGUCUGGUCAGGCUGGCCUGGCCAGGAAUCUGUCGGAUCAUCACCUGGAAGAGAGGCACAGGCUCCAGGAGAGAUGGAGCAAGUGCAGGUCCAAGCUUAUAGCUCUGUAAACGUUUGUCAGGAUUCUUGGCCAGGAAUGUCGGAGACGUGGGGAUUCUAAGGGACGGGAAGAGAGGCUGAGGUUCCAGGAGAGGUGGAGCAGGUGCAGGUCGAGGUUGAUUGCUCUGUAAGUGUUCGGAUUCCUGGCCAAAGAAUCUGAUGAACACACGAAGAGAAGUAGAACAUCUGCAGGCCAAAGUUAACGAUUGUCCGGAUUCGUUGCUGGUUUGCCGUAGUUCCUUUAACUUAAAAUUUCGGCCGGUUAAGCGAUGCUACAAAGGAAAGGGAGAAUGAAUUUUAACGAAUCGAGAUCCAACGCCGCUUAUGUGUUUUUAGGAAUUGACGUAGAUUUAACGAAAACUCAUUUUACCGAGAUCGUUACCUUGCCAGCGAUUUGUACGUAAAUGCGGCUUCGUCGUGCGUCGAAUUUUAUAUGUUCGGGAGUCGAUGUCUAUUUAGUUGCAGAAAUCGUUAGAUGCUCCCCAUUGUCUCCCCGAAGACGAUUGUAGAGCCGUUUUAAUAACAGUAUUCUAGUAAAUGUAGUAACGGGCGAAAGAGUGAUAACGUAAACACUGAUAAGUCUGCUAGGGACUUGAAAUUCUAACCUCGUUCCUAAACCAGAGAUUAAUCAAUGACAAUGAAUUUUGCAAUGAACUCCUCUCGAGUCCUGAAAGAAAGUCUUGCCUCGAAGUACAACUCGGUCAAUAUUUUCAAGUAGCGCUUCUUUUUGUUCAGUAUUUUUUUUUUUUUCAGAGAGGUUUUCUAUCACCUUUUUAAAUUCACGCGAGAGCACUCGCGUUUGAGAGAAUUUAUUCAAUUGAGCGUAUAUAUUCUGAUACGUAUAAAAUGUGCAGUCGUCACCAUCGUGAGACGUGUACUUUUUGAGAGUUCCGAUCAGUACAAAAUUUUUGCCUGGUUGUUCAGUGUUUUAUAAAAAACGAUCGUGCGAAUCCCGGAUUUUAUUCUGGAUUUUAUUCUGGAUAGAGGUGUUUUUACAUUUACAUUUCUUUUGGAAAAGGCAGACGCCACUUGCUGUCAAAGGCACCAGAUGUCCAAGAAUGAAGCUUUUUAGUCAAUUAUGUAAAUACCAAUGAUUACUUAAAUAUAGCGCGACAGUAAAGUAUUACAAUUAGUGCGUAAGGAGAAACGAAAAGAGGAAAAAAUAGGAGGAAGCACCAGUUACCACUGUACUCGCAGAGACCUUUGAUAGAUUAGGUUAUAAAGGGUUGACGUUUCGAUUGUUCUGCUGUUUUAAUUGUACAUACAUACUAGCUGAGUUAGCAGGUCUUACGUUGCAGUCACGUGUAAUGAGCAUUUAUUCAGACGUCUAUACGUUUUAUUUAGGUUAUAAUUAUAUAGACACAUUGCCGUUGGUUCGUUGAGUCUUCGUGUAGUUUCAGCCAGGACGUAGGUUAAUUCUUGAGAUUAUUUAUUGUCAUUACAUUUCCUGAUGUUAGUUUUAUUCUGGAUAAUGGAACUAGGUGAACGACGUAAUUUAUAUCCACCUUAGGAACACCAAUAACUUAUUGCGUACAUUUAGCAAAAUUUUAGUCCAGUAAGGUUAAAUAGAUCGUAAUUUCAUAUGCUCCGAGAACAUUGAACAGCGUUCCCUUAUACGUGUCGUAUGCGUAUAUUAAUAGAGAAACCGAGAAAAGUGCUACGUUAUUUAAUAACGAUACUCCGAGACGAGUUUAGGGAGGUACUGGCAUUCGUCAAGGCUUUACAUUGCCGGAUCCGAAACAAACUUUGCAGCGCUCACCUGAUUUCAAUUGUUACUCUCCAUUGUCCAACUUGUAUAUAAAUGUUUACAGGAAUAUGUAAAAUUUAUGUACAUACGAUUCUUUGUGCAACCGCCACGAGCCCUAGACUGUGAUAGACAACUGCCAGACAUAUGUAGAAGGGUUAAACACAUUUAAUUUAAUCACGGAGACAAUUGGUUUAAGAUUAAUUAAAUUGUUUAAUCUUGUUUCUUCGCAGAAUGGAGUGAGAAAUAAAACGGCGCUUAAAGUGGAGAAACUUUGCGGGGAAAGUAUUAAGAUCGACGCGUAAACACGCCGAGAAUGGGUCGACAUAAAGUAUUGUACUCGUUGUUCAUUUAAGAGUCAUUUUAAUGUACCUGUUAAUAUAUUGUAUGUCGGAUCGAGCAGAACUCUAGGCAAUGUAAGGUUGAGCCUAGGUACAGUAUUAUCCGCAUAAAGUACGUAUAUUACAUGCCGCCUGCGAGUCAAAAAGCUGAUAUAUAAAGUUAGUUAAAUACUAGCCUACCGAGGGCUUGAAAUGCCUUAAAUGCGUGUAAACAUGUCUUAAAAAAAUUAGCCACACAUAGAAAAACGUUACUUUGCGGAGAUGUAAGCAACACGUGUAGAAAGAGAACAAUAAAGUGCACUGCAGUGGCA